AUUGCUUACACUCAUCCAAUUUAUCUAUAUGACAGCUCACAACUUCAAACCAUCUGACUUGUUCUCUACAAGGCCUCCACAUAAGGAGGCGGUGCUGUGUCUCGCCUGUAACGAGAAGCUUCGACAUUGCCCACCGGGACUUUCCGUGAGGCUGAAUUGCGAAACGGUGCUGGUAACAUAAAACUAAAGACGGAAGCCCAUUAUCCCUAUCAAAGGAGGAUACAAUUUUUCUUAUUGAGUUUGUACUAUUCAAUUAUGGCGGCUUAGACACCUACAAAAGGGAUGUCUGCAAUGGGGGGAGGGGUUUGAGACUAGACAUCCCUUGGUCUGUGUGUGUGUGUGUGUGUGUGUGUGUGUGUGUGUGUGUGUGUGUGUGUGCGCGUGUGCGCGCGUGCACAGACAGGUGACAAAUUAAAGGAAAAACCCAACAAAAUGAGUUGAGACACAUAACAAUUGCAUAUGCUUCCAUAGAGGAGCAAUGCAUGGUAAAAUUUAGCACUUAACAUUGAACCAUGCUCUGUGGCAUUUUUAAAAAUGCUGAGAAGGCCCAGUGGAUUCGGAUACUGUGUCAAGUGUGUGAAAGAGGGUUCAUUGUUGGGGCAUGGAUGGCUGGAGCUUCAGUCACAAAGACUGCUCAACUGGCUGGUGUUUCGAUAGGAACAGUGACUAAAGUGACAUCUGCAUUUACAUCUAUUGGAAAGAUGUCAGUAUACAAGGUCGGAAACUGUGGUCGAUAGCGCACAUUUGAUGACUGUGAUGCUCGUGCAUUAGUACGAUAUGUGAUGAAAAACAGAGAAGCAACUCUUCCUCAGGUGACUGAGAAUGUCAAUGCGGGAUGUGCUCAGACUGUGUCAGCAAGAACGGUCCGUUGACAGUUACAUAGAGAAGGAUAUUAUAGUAGAGACGCAGCGUUUGCUGGCAUGGUUUGGGUCCACUUGUAUUCUUAGAGGGAGAUGUCCCUGCAGAUGAAUACAAAUUAUUCUGAGUGAUCACCUUUAUCCUAUGAUGCAACAUUUUUAUCCUGGUCUGUUCCAGGGUGACAGUGCCCCCAUCCAUAGGACUAGAGAGGUCACUGAAUGGUUUGAUGAGUAUGAGAAUGAUGUGAAUCGUAUGAUUUGGCCUUCACAGUCACCUGAUCUCAACCUAAUUGAAAAGCUAUGGGAGAUUUUGGACCAACGUGUUAGACAACGCUCUCCACCACCAUCAUCAAAAUGCCAAAUGAAUGAAUAUCUUCUGGAGGAAUGGUGUUCAAGUUUCAGAAACUUGUAGAAUCAAUGCCAAGGCGCAUUGAAGCCGUUCUGGCAGCUCAUGGUGGCCAGACACCUUUCUACAAGGUUGAAAAUGAACUUCUUUUUUUUUUGUCCACCUGGAAGAUUUUCAGUAUUCAGGCAUGAUUAUUUAGAUUUAAAACUAUCUUAAUUCACAACUUAAAUAAUAGGGGUGAUUCUUUUUCUUUUCUUUGGCUGGUAGGCUUAGCAAAUUUACCUACCACUACACAAAAUCGCCUACAGGUGCUAUUUUCCAACCCUGCCUGACUAAGACACUUUAUUGUUGGUUUUUCCAUUAAUUUAUCACCUGUCUCUGUGUGUGUGUGUGUGUGUGUGUGUGUGUGUGUGUGUGUGUGUGUGUGUGUGUGUCCGUGAGUGUGUGAGCGUGCUUGAGGCAUUUAUUUAAUCUAUAAUAUUUGUGCACAUAAUCACGUACCAGAUGUUUAUGGUUAAAUGGUUAGAUGAUGUAUCAGACAUGUCUGUGGUAAAUGUACGCGAUAAUUAAGUGUACACUGACCACAGUGAUUACUGGUAAUACACCAUUUAACAUAGUUCUUUUUUCACUGCACUGGAUGUUAUUUGUCAGACACAGAUUACUCGGACUGUAACUGAAAAAGAAAUAUUGUAGUUUCAGCAGUUAAAUGGUCAGAGGUGGUUCUCUGUGUUAGGUGCAGGUAAUAUGGAUCCAGGUGUUACAUCUAUAUACAGGCAGUAGGAAAGGUUGAAAGGUUAAUGAGUGAUGUAUAUAGUGCUGUGUGAUAAUUAUGGUUGGUAGACUGGUACUUUUGUUUCUUCUGUGUGAGAUCUCUUAAGCUUCACUUUCUUUUUCACUGUCUUGGUCUGAGUUACACCUCCCACUUCUUCUGCCCCCUCAUCUAUUUCACUAUUUUCCGUUUCAGUGUGACUGAGUGUGUCUGUGUGAGAGGGUAAGACCUUGGGUAUUCUCAAACCCCUCUCCCUUUGAAGGACAUCGCUUUUCCCUUAAAUCGCUAUACCUAAAUCCAAAAAUGGAAACUCUCGUUCAACUCAAAAACAGCCAAUUUCUGAUGGGACUUUGUCGUAACGGGCCUCCACCUGACCUACAGUAUGAUAACUCCUCAGAGCUCUACCGCAUCUCUACCUUUGCUCGUUUUCCGGCUUCGGGGGUCACAGAGCGAAGUCUGGCGAGGGCAGGUUGGUUCUACACCGGCGUGGGCGACCGCGUGCAGUGUUUCAGGUGUAAUGUGACGGCAGAGGGCUGGCAGGCCGGAGACUGUCCGACAGAGAGACACAGGCAGCUCUCUCCAUCCUGCUCCUUCAUCCAGAGCCUCCCAUCUACAGCCAAUCUGCUCUCCUCCUCUCACUCCGCCUUCUCCCCACUCCGCAUCGCCACAGCCAUGACACUUUCUGGUCCAGGCCCAGCUGCUCCUAACCCGACAGUAAGCCAAGACGAGCCAGUUGGCUACCUGAACAUGGGUUUCUCUGCUCCACCGCCUUCCAGCCCGCUGAGCUCUCGCGGCGUAGAGGACAUGUCCCACCAGAGGCCAACGUGCCACAAUCCCAGCAUGCGCAGAGAGCAGGACCGCCUGGACUCCUUCCACUCCUGGACGCUCUCCAUCAUCACCCCCGGAGAGCUCGCCAAGGCGGGCUUCUACUAUUUAGGCCAGGGCGACCGAGUGGCCUGCUUCAGCUGCGGAGGACAGCUGAGUAACUGGGAGCCAGGUGACAGAGCUGUAUCCGAACACCAGAGGCACUAUCCAAACUGUCGCUUCGUCCGCGGGGACAGGGCCGACAACGUGUCGUUGCCCGGAGCGGCGGGAGCUGCAUCCGGAGGGGUACCUUCCCAACUGUCUGCAGGAGGCCCAGCCCUCAGUAACGUGUCCAACCCUGCCAUGCAGCAGAGCGAAGAGAGGCUACUCACCUUUGUCAACUGGCCGUCUCGUAUACCUGUCAGGCCUGACCAGCUGGCUAAAGCUGGCUUCUACUACGUUGGUCGUAACGAUGAUGUCAAGUGUUUCUGCUGCGAUGGAGGCCUGCGAUGCUGGGAGUCUGGAGAUGAUCCUUGGGUGGAACAUGCGAAAUGGUUUCCUCGGUGUGAAUAUUUGCUUGAGGAGAAAGGGCAAGAUUUUGUUCACCAGAUCCAGGCUCGUUUUCCUCGGCUGUUUGAGCAGCUUUUGACAAAUGGAGACAGCAGCUCUAGAGAGUUUGUGGAUCCACCUGUGGUUCACCUCGGCCCAGGGGAGGAGCGAUCUGAGGAUGCUGUCAUGAUGAACACCCCUGUGAUCAAGUCCGCCUUAGAGAUGGGUUUUGAGAGGAGUCUAGUCAAGCAGACGGUCCAGAGCAAGAUCCUCACCAGCGGAGAGAACUACAGAACAGUCCAGGAGCUGGUUUCAGACUUGCUGAGUGCUGAGGACCAAAAGAGGGAGGAGGAGCGUGAGAUGCUGGCAGAGGCGAUGGCAUCAGAUGGUUUCACCUUUGUGAAGAGACACCAGGCAGCGUUGAUCCAGCGUCUAAAGAGUGUCGAGCCAGUGUUGGAACAUUUAAGAGAGCAAAAUGUGUUAUCUGCUGAGGAGUACAGCAGUCUUCAGGCUCAGACGACGGCACAGCAGCAAACUGCCAAGCUGAUUGAGCUCGUCCUCACAAAGGGCAACGCUGCCGCUGAGGUCUUCCGCAACUGGAUCCAGAAAAACGAUGUCCACCUGCUAAGAGAUCUCAUGGCCCAGUCAAACGAAGCUGCAUCACCAAGCCAAGAUCUUUCAGACCUUCCCAUGGAGGAGCAGCUGCGGCGGCUGCAGGAGGAGCGUACCUGUAAAGUGUGUAUGGAUAAAGAAGUCAACAUCGUCUUCAUCCCAUGUGGACACCUGGUGGUGUGCAAAGAAUGUGCGCCGUCGCUGCGAAAGUGCCCGAUCUGCAGAGGCCUGGUUAAAGGCACAGUCCGAACCUUCCUCUCAUAACCUGGAGGCUAUGAGCCAAGUUCCCACAGUCUCCUGCCACAAUGAUGUGAUUGAAUGUAAGCAAUAUGAUCAGUAUCAUACUAUUAACUGGUGAAUAUUACAGUAUAGAAACUGGAAGUAGCCAAAUCAAUAUUCAAGACAGUGUGCUCCACUGUUGUUCUUAACAGUCAUGUUAACGUAUAUCUAAAACAAAAACUUCAACACAUUAUUCUGUUUCCAAAAUAACAUGAUAAGAUUGCACUAUAACAGCAGCCCUGCAGUAAACACCAGUUGGAUGAAGGUUCAUCAUUUGGUUACUGUCAAGCAUUUAGUGAUGAGAACAAGCAGCAGCUACAGUAAAUCAUCUAAGUCUGAUGUAAGUCUGAUUAAAACCCAAGAUGUUUAUUUACCUGCAAUACUGUGCUUACUAAUUCAGUAAGGGCAAAUAAAGCAGAGUGCUUAGAAGAGUCUCUAUAAACUUUACAAACUUAACCGCAUUUACUGCUGGGCUUCUGUCUUGUUAGAGGAGUUUUUGACCAGUUCUUUAUCUUGAACACUCGAACUGGCACAAGCUCAAGUUUACUUUUAUUUCAAAAUUUGAAUCACUUAUUCUAAACCAGAAAAGUAAAUCUAAAACAUAUUCUAAUUUUUCUGUAUGAAAGUAACAUUGUAGUGAUACCACCCUGUUAUCAAACUGAACUGACUUGUGAAUUACUGCAGUGAUUCCCAACCAGGAUUAGUACUUGUACCUCAGGUGGUAUCUUUGCAGUUGCUUGGGGGUGCUAGGACAGGUUGUGGAGUAGUUCAUUUGAAAAAAUAGAAAUUAGAAUUUGUAUUUAUGCUCAUAUUGAGUUAGGUAUAACACCUGCAAACUGUUUGAAGACUGCAUAAAAGUUAGUUAGCAAGGAGAGAAGUAGAAACAGUCUAGCUUGGCUAAAAGUAAAUGGAUAAACAGUUGAGAUAAUGCUGGGGAAGUGGUAUUUGACAGGGCUGUGGGGGUACAUCUGACUAAAAAGGUUUGGAAACACUGAAUUGGUGUCUACCUUACAUCUCCAAUGUGAUCACAGCUGUUCUAUAUAUUUUACAAAAAACAUGGAUAUAUUUUGUUGUUCUAAACAUUACAUGCAAGAAAACAUGUUUUGAGACCUUUACUCAGCCAUCUAGCGAUACUAAUCCUGCAUUUUCCCUGAAUGUUCACACCAGAAUCUGGCAACAUUGAUAACUGUCAAGUUACGUGGCCUGCACUGGUUGUUAUUCAGUGACUGCAGAAAGAUCAAUAAACUCUGUUGAAAAAUA